CAAACGAAGCCGUUUGAACUUAUAGGCGAAGCUGCGUAAAUAUAACGCCGCUCGGCGCGCAAGAAGGCUCCGCUUUUGUGUUUAAUGUGCGUCAUCAAUCUGAGCCCCUCGCGCGGAUGCCGAAACAGCGCAUGAUCAGCAUAAAAUGGACCACCUGAUCAGACGGAGGAUUCCUGCAUGUGUGCGGACGAUACUGACCGACAUCACACCGAAAGAGGAUGAGCUGAGGGACUGGACAGAACCGGAGCCGGAACCAGAACCUGUAACCAGGGACGGAAUUUCCCUUCCUGUUGGAGCUGCUCCUGAAGCUCUCCUGACUCCGGCUGGAACGGGCAGUGCAGACGGAGCCAGACCUUCAGCCCGACUGUGUGGACUUUGUUUAUCCAGACCGUCCUGCUAUACCUGUCCCAGGUGUAACAUUCCGUACUGUGGGCUGCCGUGCUACCGGAGCCCGGCUCACUCCGCGUGCUCCGAGGAGUUCUAUAAGGAGUGCGUGUCGGAGGAGCUGAAGUGUCGGAGCGAGACAGAAGAGGAGGGAAGGUCUAGAAUGCAGGAGAUCCUCCUGAGGCUGAGGAGCAGCGCUAACGCUGACGGAGGGAUGGAGAACCUGCUGAAAGAUCUGGUGGAGGAAACCCGAGGAGGUGUGACGGAGCAGGACGCUGAGGCGCUACAGCUUCUGUCCAGACUGGCAGAACUUCAGGCGAGCGGUAAGGAGGAGCACAGCGAGGAGAUCCUGGAGAUCCUGCGGAAACUCAGAGAGAUUGAGGAAGGAGACGAGGACAGCGAUGAUGAGGAUCUGGCUCUGAAGCUUUCAGGGCUAAAUAUAGACGCUCUAACAGAAGAACAGCUGUGGAACCUUCUGCCGUCCCGAGAUAAGGAUAAGUUUAAGGAGCUGGUGAGGGGAGAUGGUGCUGCACGUUUGGUGGAACCGUGGAGGCCAUGGUGGGAAGAACAUGAACAAAACACUAAGGUGCUUAUAGAAGAGCUGCAAUCAGGGGAGGAAAGAAGGAGCUCCAGUGGAAAUGGAACGAUGGACGCUGAAGACAGGAUAAGGAACGAGAAGGAAAGUGAAGACAAUCAGACCGAAGAAGUUUCCGAAAUUCAGUCUAAAGACGUAAACACGACAAAACAACAGCUUUCAGCGGCUACGCCUCCCCCACGGUCCAGCCAGAGCCUUAAAAAGCAGAAGAAAACGCCAAAAUCGAGAAACGCUAACAGCGUGAAAGGCUCAAACUCUGCUGCUCCACCCAUCAGUGCUAAAGUCCCGCCCCUCCACACCAUCUCCUCAAGCCCCUCCCCUUUAGUCCAGUUCAGCGUGGUGAACGCGCUGUACGGCUACGCGUUCUCUCUGUGUCGGUUUAACGGGGAUAUCUCAGAGUCGGCGCUGCUGCUGGAGUUCUGCCGGACCGUUCUGGAGACGUCGGAGAGUCUGGGCUCGGCCCGAGCGUUCUCCUCGCUCUCUGAGGCUCUAGAGGGCGCCGUUUCGGCCGGCCGCCUUGACAGAGACGAUCCAGAAGCUCCGGUCCGAACUUUAGGGGCCGUGGCUCAUAUCCUGACCGGGCGGAGUAAGGAGGACCCGGUCGGCUACGCCCUGUCCGCUCUGUCGCAGCUACGGUCGGCCUUCAGCGAGGCCAGAGCAUCCGUCACCAGAGAGGAAGAGGAGUGGAGGCGGAAGCUGUUUCUGGCGGGGAAGAAGUGCGAGUUCCUCCAGUCGUGGGUGAAGGAGAACGCGGAUGCCGUGAGGAGCUCCGCCCGCUGGACGUGGAGGGAGUUCAGCAGGAGGAGAGAGGAGAGGGAGACGAUGGAGAGAGAGAGGAGGGGACUGGAGGAGGGAUGGAGGAAGGGACAAGGAAGAGGGAGAGCCCUGAUAGAGGAGAUCGACUGAAAUGAGUUCUAAUGAAAUAAAGCUGAACUUAUCAUUUUCA